AUGCCCGAGCCAACGCGGACUCAGCAACAUGACGCGCCGCUCGUGCUCUUCUCCGCCUCCACGGUAGGUAACGCCGACGAUGGCGCCUCAGGCCGCUCGCCGGAGAUGCUGAAGUGGAGCGACCGCAUCGUGUACGAGUCCGUCGUGAUCGACGGUGGUGACGUGCUCGUCUUCGCCAAGGGCGUCAACCGACGGAAAAAAGUCAACCGCCCGGCUGCAGACAUCCGGUGCCUGUACUACCGUGGCGACGCCGGUAACGCCGUGGCCUCGCUGCCGGCCACCACCUCGGCGCAGCAAGUCUUCCGGUGCCCGCCUCCACCGGCAACGACUCCGGUAGACCGAGAGCUGCGCGUCACGCUUGCCGUGGUCGGAGAGGAGCCCAUCCCCUCACUGGCCACCUACGAUCCUCCACGGCGCCCCGACUCGUCGCCGGCGACCGGAUCAACGCCGUCAGGGAAGAGGCUGAUUUGCGCCUGCACCAUGGUCCGGGACGUGGCCAAGUUCCUGCGGGAGUGGGUUGUCUACCACGCGGCCGUGGGCGUGGACCGGUUCUACGUCUACGACAACGGGACCGAGGAUGACCUGGUGGACCAGGUGCGCCAUCUCACCUCGGACGGAUUCGAAGUCUUCACUAUGACCUGGCCCUGGCCCAAAACUCUAGAGGCCGCGCUGUCACACGGCGCAGCGGUGCAUCGAGAUUCGUGCGAGUGGAUGGUCUUCAUCGACGUCGACGAGUUCCUCUUCUCUCCACACUGGGUCCAUCCAGAGAACCCUACGAAAUCUAUGCUCCAUUCGAUCACAACCGUCGAAAAAGACAUUGGACAGGUGUCCAUGUGGUGCGCGGAUUUUGGCCCCUCGGGCCAGACCGUGCACCCAAAGGAGGGGGUCACCCAGGGCUACACAUGCCGAAGGCAGGUCAUGGAGCGGCGCAAGUCAUUGGUCCGGCUCGACGCAGUGGACCGGUCGCUGACUAACUCGGUCCACUACUUCAUGCUUCAACCAGGGUUUCGAAGCAAAUGGAGCACGCGAAUUCGCGUGAACCACUACAAGUACCAAGCUUGGGACGAGUUCAAGGUGAAAUUCCGCCGCCGAGCUUCGACAUACACCGUCGAUUGGACCGACAAGAAGAACCUCCGUUCCAAUGACCGGACCCCGGGUUUAGGGUUUGAGGCAGUCGAGCCGGCUGGUUGGCCGCACAGGUUCUGCGAGGUGAAUGACACUUUGCUCCGCGAUGUGACUCGCAGAUGGUUCGGCCUUGGAUUUGGAAAUAAGCUGGGUAGGCGACGAAUAAUCGGUACAACUCCUGGCUCAUCAUAUAAUGUAUGA